ACCUUGGCCUCCUAAACUGUUGGGAUUACAGGUGUGAGCCAGCACGCCCGGCCUGGACAUCCUUUUUGUUCAUCAGCAGAAAUAAGGGUGCUGUGGGUGCAGCUCAUCUCCUCGGCUAACCCUAGCAGCGGCUGUCCAUCUCGCACUCUCCCCACCACACUUCCCUCUGUGCUGCCAGCAGCAGAAGGAGCACCUGCGAUGCAGAUACCUCCUUUGUUUGCCAACUUCAGUAGUUUCCCAUCAGCUACAAGAUCAAGAUCAAGUUCCUGUCACCUGGCCCUGCCCACUCUACCUCUACACCACCCUAUAGCAGCAUCCAGUUCCUUGCUGUUCCCCAAACUUGUCAGGGCUGUUUGGAGCCUUCAGCCUGUACAAGAGCUGUGCCCAUCUCCUGGAAUACAACCUUUGACCACUUCAAAUAAUGACCAUUUUUCUAGUUAACAUUUACUGAGCACUCAACUCUGCUGCAUGUGUGCCAACCCUUCACACGCACCACCUCACUAAUUCUCACAGCCCUGGAAGGUGGGGACCAGUGUCACACAUGGCCUUGGGAAUAUCACACAGAUCAAGGGCUGGGCUCAAGGUCACACACAUUCAUGUGAUGUGAGAAUGUAACUCUUGGCCUCCCUGUGACACUUUCUUCUCUGGGUUUUCAUUCCACCUUGCAGAGAGCACUCUGACUUACUGUAGCCUUCCGUGUGUGCAUCUCCCCUCUCUACUGUGAGCCCCUCAAGAGCAGGACCCAGGUCUUUCCUAUCCCUGUCCCAAAAGCUAACCAGGAACAGAAACAUGUAGCAUAUUGUUGACUGAAGAAAGUGCUGCAUCCAUGGUCAUCCCUCAUAUCCUUUAUAAAUUUCUUAUAUAUUUCAUUUCUUUGUGGGAAUUGCAUCUUGAAGCUUUGUUUAUAGCCAUCUGUGUGGGUCCCUUAGGCUAUGUGGCUGACUUUAAUGCCACAGAUAUUUUUCCAUUUCUGGCAUGUAGCAGUGCUGGGCUUAGUAUUUUAGAGAUUAUUAAAGAGAAGACACGGCCUGUGCCCUCCAAUUGCAGAGAUGAGACCAUAUGGGACAUAGCCAUUAAAGACAAUACAUUUCAGUAUUUGCAUGGAGAGUUUGAUUAUAUAGCAGAUGCACAUUCUUUGGACUGAUAUACAAGGCCCUGCAAGAUCUGAUUCUAGGCCACUUUCCCGGUUUCAUCUACUCCUCUCCCAUGGACCCCCCACACCGCGGCCAUACCGAGGUGCGUGCAGUCCUUGUAGCCCACCGUGCUUCCAGUGUCACCAUUUCUUUGUAGGUGCUGUUCCUUUUGCCUAGAAUACCUGUCUUCUUCCUAUCUACCUGGCAGCUUCUUACUCGUCUUUUAGAACACCAUCUAGUGCCAGUUCUUUCCUUUUUUUUUUUUUUUGCAUGGCCUUUCCACAUUUUUCUAUAGUGUGACCCUUAUCACAAAGUCGAUUUUGUAAGUUUGCUUUGCCUGUUAGCUGUUAAGCUACUUGAGGUCAAAACCUGUGUCUCAGUGAUGGAAAAAUGAAUGACAAAAUAGAAAUUGGAUAAAUGGAAAGGAAAGAGUGAUGAUCUAACAUGGCUGGGGGUCAGCCGGGAAUCACUUUCAAUGGCCAGAAUAGAGAGCUGUAUAAAGUGACUUAGAGGCAUUAGCGGCUCAUUCGCAUGUGGAAUAAGCUUGGAAGUGGAUGGUUAAGUGUUGGUGUGGGUGCCACAAUAUCAUCAAGAGCCCAGGCUCUGCCACACAGCUUGACCGCCUUUAAUGCGAGGCUUCCCUCUUAGGGUAACCUCAUGGCUCAAAACAGUUGCUGCAGCUGCAGCCAUCUUAUCCAUUCCAGGCAAGAAGGACUAGAGAGGUCAGUGGGUAAAGAAAAAGCGUACUUUCCCUGAAGGCAGCCUCCUUCAAACAGAUUUCUCAGGGUCCUUUACCCAGGAGCUUCAUCUUCAUCUCAGGCCAGGAUGUAGUCACAUGAUCACCUCUGGCUGAGUUCUGAAGAGAGAUGUAAACAUACAGUAAUAAACAUAGGUUAUCUCCACAUUUAAUUUAAAAUGGCAUUGCUUUUCAAAACAGAUUUUAGAUCUAAAUAUACAUUUCUCAAAAAAAAAAGCCACAAAAUAGCCAAUAAGAGUAUGAAAGGAUGCUCAAUAUCAUUAAUCAUUAGGGAAAUACAAAUCAGAACCACAAUAAGACAUAAUUUUUCAUCUACUAGGAUAGCACUAGAGUCAAAAAGACAUAAUAACAAAGUGCUGGCAAAGAGAGAAAUUGUAACUCUCAUAACGCCACUGGUGGGACUGUGAAAUGAUACAGCACUCUGGCAGGCCCUCACAAAGUUCAACACUGAGUUACCAUAUGACCCAGCAAUCCCACCUCAGGUAUAACACACAAGAGAAUAAAAACAUACCCCCACACAGAAGCUCGUGUAUGCAUAUUCACAGCAGCACUAUUCAUAAUAGCCAAAAAAUAAGAAUAACCAAAAAGUCCUCCAUUAACAAAUGAGUAGAUCAAGAAGUUGUGGUAUAUUCACACAGUGGAAUAUUAUUCUGCUAUAAAAAGGAAUGAAGUAUUGAUACAUGCUAUAACAUGGAUGAAUUUCAAAAACAUUAUAGCAAGUGAAAGAAGCCAGUCACAAAAAACAUAGGUGAUGAUCUUAUUUUUAUUUAAUGUCCAGAACAGGCAAAUACAUAGAGACAGAAACUAGAUGAAUGGUUGCCUGAGGGUGAGGGGAAACAAGGAGUGACUGAUGCUGGGUUUUGUGUGGAGGCAAUAAAAUGUUCUAAAAUUAGAUACUAAUGGUUGCAUAACUCUGAAUAUACUAAAAACCAUUGUAUACACAUUAAAAAGGGUGGAUUGUAUGUGAAUUAUAUCUCAGUAAAGCUGUUCAAGAAUUCAGCUUUUAUCUGUAAAGCAUAGCUUCAAAAUUAACCUCAAAAAGUGAACUGGGGGCAGGGGAGACAAGUUUCCCAAACCAGUUAAUAUUUCAAGACUUGUAUUAGUUAUCUCCUUCUUCUCAUUUGAGUCCUGACUUUAAAAGAAAAAAAUCUGCCCUUCACAGUCAGGGUCAGAUCCCUCUGGCUGAUCGCCCAGAUGACUGGGAUCUGAGUGGUUUCUUUGUCCUACGGACUUAUCAUUUCAAAAACAAAGCUCUUUUUUCCAGUCUGCAAAGCUGAGGAAGAGAGAUGCUAGGGGGUCAACAAAUAGUUAUAGGAAGUCACUUUAUCUGCAGACCAGCAGGUUGCUAGAAGGGUUUGCUCUAUGGGGCUCAUGUUCCUUGGAGAUUUUGUUACUGAUAGAUGGGCAGAGGCAGGUCAGGGGCCAUGGUGUUUGGAAAGUAGCGUAGUGUUUGGAAAGGCCUCAGUGCCAGAAGUCUGCAUAUGGGUGACUCCCAACCAAGAGGUCUGAUUCCUCAGCAGAACAAGAAAGAUGAUAGCCUUCUCACCACUGGGUGGGCACACGAGCUCAUGGCCAUGAGCCUGCCCCAUAAACACUGAAUGUGGGCACCAAGCAGGCUGUCCUAGAAUGGCAAACUUGGGGUGGCUCCAGUGGGGACAGAGUUUGAAAAGGGAAAGGGAGCAUUGUCUAGUGGAAAAGAAGACAUAGGUUUUGGCUGGAGUGGUUGUCAGGAUAAAAGGUGGUUGAAGAGAUAGUUGGACGGCUGCAGUCACUGACAAGUGUGGUCAGAAGCCUUGAGCCAGCAGCUCUUCUUGGUGAGUGGGCUGGUUAGAGCUGUUGGAGUUGGACAACAGGAACAGCCUGUUGCAUCAAGAUGCUGACGAUGGCCAUCAGCAGAGAGGACAGACCCCCCCCCCCACCCCUCCUGCUCUAAGUCUCCCUCAGGUUGACCUUUGCUAUGUGCUCUGGAUUUUUGAGUCUUUCACGAAGGCUCACGCUCUCACAAAGUCCCUCGGGAAUUACAAGAAACAAAUGGUUUUUGUGUAGCAUAAGAUGUGACUAGUUUUAAUUUGAUAUAUUGUUAAAGACUACUAUCAGUUCAUUUUGAUCAGAAAAAUGAAACUUUUGGGAUCUGGUUACAAAUCCUGACAGUGCAUUUACAGGUUUUUCUAGCCAUUUUUGUGCUCAUUAAAUUGUUAUUUAUGCUUCGUCUCUUCAAUCAGUGGUCUAUUUUUGGUUAAGUUAAGAAGGUAAAAAUAAAGCACAAUGUAGAAAUAUGUCAGGGUGAAAAUUACUGUAGUAUUAAAGUGGAAAAAUAUUUAUUGUAGUCCAUUGAUUUUUCAGGCACAUAUUUUCCACACUUUAACAUCUCUGAAAUUGUGAUACGUCUUACAGUCAAUGGCAGCUUACAUUCAUUUUUCUCUUAUAUGAUGGUGCAUCUUUUGAUCAAUAAUGUCUUGGAUUUGAUGAAAUCUGGCAAGUUAUAUUAGUUAUUGAGCUUUGAAAAUGCAUUGCCUCAUUCUUUCCUGUCUGCUCUCAGAUGUACGUGUUGGAUAAUUCCAUGCCCAUCCUGGCAUUGCAACCAGGAGCUUCUGCAUUCCUUGCCUCCAGAGAGAACCAGUGAAACAUCUUUUUGUUCUUGCAGGAACCACUGGCUCAAUGACCUGUAAGGGCCAUUUCAGCACAUCCAUUCUGUUUAUCUCCAAGCCUUCACCAUAGGGAAGAACUUUUGCUCUCGGUCACCUCUCAGAGAGCUCUCUUUAUAGCUGAAGAUCUCCCUCAUGAGUUACGUCAAGAGUAACCGAGAACUAUACCAACAAUACACAGCCAUGGCCCCCAAGCUACUGGCCCACAUCUCCAAACUCCUCACGAUCUGUCAUAAUGCAGGCAUUUCUAUACCGAAGGGCAUCAGAAACAUCUUUGAGUUUACUUGGGAAGAGCUCAUCAGCGACCCUUCAGUGCCUACCCCCUCUGACAUCUUGGGCUUGGAGGUCAGCUUUGGAGCCCCCACGGUGGUGCUCAUGGAACCCACCGUUGUGCAGGUCCCCACACUGAAGAAGCCAUUACCUCCGCCACCAGCAGCAGCACCAUGUCCAGUGCUGCCGGCAACCACUAGGGCAACCAAGCGCUCCACCCGGUCUGCCACCAUGGCCCAUCAGGUGCCCACCCACCAGGAGAUCCUAAACAGGUUUCAGCAGCAGUCCAUCCACCUGCUGACAGAGCUUCUCAGCCUGAAGAUGAAGGCCAUGGUGGAGUCUAUGUCGGUGGGUGCCAACCCCUUGGACGUCACCAGGCGCUUUGUGGAGGCCAGCCAGCUCCUCCACCUCAACACCAAGGAGAUGGCCUUCAACAGCCUGAUGGGCACAGCCGGGAGAAGUGGCUACAGCAGUGGACAGCUGGGGAAAGAAUUUCUCACAAACAUGUCUGCCAUUGGGGUGAACUCACCUUACCAGCUGAUCUACCAGUCUUCCACAGCCUGCCUGAGCUUUUCUCUCUCUACUGGAAAAGAAGUCAAGAAAAAAAUAGGCAAGUCUAGAACUGCAGAAGAUAUCAGCAUGCUGCCCCUGCAUCAAGGAGUGGGAACCUCUGCCAACAACUUGGAGUUCAGCGACCCCUGCCCUGAGGCCCGGAAGAAGCUGCAGGAGCUGUGUCGCCACAUAGAAGCCGAAAAGGCCACGUGGAAAGGGAAGAAUAUCUCCAACCCCAUGAUCUUACGAAACUACAAGGCAAAGAUGCCCUCUCAUCUAACAUCGCCCCGCAAAGGAGACUCUCAGACCCAGAGUUUACAUUACCCUCCCACUGCGAGUGCUCAGACUCUCACCCCAACCCCUCAACCAUCUUCUGCCCACCAUCUUCUCUUUAGUCAGCAAUCUCAAGAGGGGAAGGUACCCAAGAAGGCCUUUAAAUUGCAUUACACCUUCUAUGAUGGCUCCACCUUUGUUUACUAUCCCUCUGGAAAUGUCGCUAUAUGUCAGAUCCCCACAUGCUGCAGAGGGAGAACCAUCACCUACCUCUUUAAUGACAUACCUGGCUCCUCCUUGCUGGCCCUAUUCAAUGCUGAAGGUCAGGUCUAUGUUCACUACAACCUAAAAACCAGUUGCCCAUAUGUCUUAGUCUUGGAUGAGGAAGGUGGGACCACCAAUGACCAGCAGGGCUAUGUAGUCCACAAAUGGAGCUGGACUUCCAGGACGGAGACCCUGCUUUCCCUGGAAUACAAGGUGAAUGAGCAAAUGAAGCUAAAGGUGCUGGGACAGGACUCCAUCACGGUCACCUUUACCUCCCUGAAUGACACAGUAACACUCACUGUGUCAGCCAACAACUGUCCCCAUGGAAUGGCAUAUGACAAACGGCUGAACCACAAAAUUAGCAACAUGGACGACAAGGUGUAUAAGAUGAGCCGAGCCCUGGCUGAGAUCAAGAAGCGGUUUCAGAAGACAGCGGCUCAGUUCAUUAAUUCUAUCUUGCUGGCCGCAGGUCUGUUCACCAUUGAACAUCCCACCAAAACAGAGGAGACAGAAUUUGUUCGGUUCAACAUGAGAUCUGGAACUCAUCCCGAGCGGGUCCCCAACCUAGGCUUAUACUCAGGAGAAAGUCUUUUACGAUCUCAGUCACCCCAACCGGAAUCCUUAAUUGCAGAGACUUUGAAGGAUGAGCCUGGGUCAUCUCCUGUGAGCCCAGUUCGGAAGAAGAUCACCAGAAUCCACACGAAAGCCAGGGUCAAAUCCAGAAGGAAGGCCCGCGAGGGACGUAGCCCCACCAGGUGGGCAGCCUCGCCCUUGGACUGCCCGCUGGUGCUGCGGAAGCUGUUGCACAAGGAAGAUGCCCAUGGCUUCUGCAAGUGCCUGGUGAAGGCCCCCCGGGUCUCCGACGUGGAGCUGGAGCGCUUCCUGUUGGUGCCUCGAGACCCCAGCCAAGUGCUGGUGUUUGGGAUCAUCUCGAGCCAGAACUACACCAGCACUGCGCAGCUCCAGUGGCUGCUGGACACACUCUACAGUCAUGAGCAGCGGGGCCGUGCCUCCCCCUGCAUCCAGUGCCGGCAUGACCCCUACCGCCUGCUGCAGUAUGACCUGGACAGCCCCUUGCAGGAGGACCCUCCCCUGAUGAUGAAGAAGUACUCUGUGGUGCCAGGGAUGAUUCUGAUGUUUGCCGGGGGGAAGCUCCUUUUUGGGGGCUGUGUUUUGAAUGGAUAUGGCCUCAGCAAGCAGAAUCUGCUGAAACAGAUCUUCCAGUCUCGACAGGAUGGCAAGAUGGGUUACUUCCUGCCAGAGAACUACAAAUUCAAUGUUCAGAACUCUGUCCUGAGCCUGGAGGAUUCUGAAUCAGCCAGGAAAGCCGAGUCAGAAGAUAACCAAGGAAGCUCCUCCUCGUUGGCCCUGGGAGACUAUGUGGAGAAGGAGAUACCUCUGGAGGCUGAGAAGAAAGCAAGAGAGCCUGAAGUGGAGCUACAGCCUCACAACAAACUCAGGAGGGACAGCAAGACAACCAGCUGGAAGAAGCAGGCCUCCAAGAAGUAAUGCCAUCCUGGUGACAGCCAAGUGAGCCAGGCCCCAGACCGGGGGGCUAGGGCUCCUUACCAACCUGGCCCUGACUCCCUGGUCUCCCACCCUGUCCUUCAAGCCCCUGUAAUAAACCAGCGGGCCUCCAGCAUCAGGGUGAGACUCUGAGGAAGGGCAGACCCAGCUUAGUCUGGUUUCUGUGGGGCUAGAGGCCCCCAACAAACUUGUUCCAGGUCAAGUCCUUGGAAACUUGGUUCCCCCAGUGCAGAGCUUCCUCUGUGGCCAGUUAAGUCAGCGGAGGCCUUCCCAUGCUCAAGGAAAGAAGGGUUUCCCUCCAAAGGGUAGCUCCAGGAUAGGUGACCCAGUAACCCUGGGAUGCCCAAAUGGGACCGAACUGGGCCUCCUACUCUUCCUGGGUGGGGGGGAGCUCAGUCUAUGGUCUGGGUGGAAAAGACAGCAAGAAGAGAACAGUGAAGAGGUGGAGAGAGAGAAAGACCAAAG